GGCUCUUCUAAAGAUUUUCUUUUCGCGGCAGACCAGAUGCGCUUCUACAACCACCUCUCCAGCCUUUAGAUCUGCAACACGGCAGUGAUCCUUUGCGUGAGCCUCUUUUUGACCGCUACACAUCUCACCCCUACAUCUUAAACAUGUCUGAGACCUCUGCUGCCUGGCCCCUCGCCGAUGAGGCCCUUACCCAGAACCUGCUCGACCUCGUGCAGCAGGCUUCUCACUACCGCCAGCUGAAGAAGGGUGCCAACGAGGCCACCAAGACCCUCAACCGCGGUACCUCCGAGCUGGUCAUCCUCGCUGCGGACACCUCUCCCCUUGCUAUCCUCCUUCACAUCCCUCUCCUCGCUGAAGAUAAGAACAUCCCGUACGUUUUCGUACCCAGCAAGCUUGCACUUGGCCGUGCUACCGGUGUCUCUCGCCCCGUGAUUGCCGCCAGCAUCACCAGCAACGAGGCCAGUGACCUCAUGGGCCAGAUCCGUACCAUCAAGGACAAGGUCGAGAGACUGAUGAUCUAAGGAUUGGUCCGACUAUGGGGAUCCGUUAAGGGCAGAUUGUGUCCCCUCUCGUUUUUGGGGAAGAACGAUGGGAUGAACCGCCCUAGGUUUUGACGGUCCAUGACGGGUCAUGAUGGAUUGUGAUUUCGCACUGAGAAUCAAGAACCAUCCCAUAUAGAUGGGUGGUGUACUUGUUCUUGGACACGCAAUUGGCUCUUGUUGGCUCUUGUUGGACUUUUAAAUGUUAGUGCAGAGAUCAAGUCUUCAUGACAAAAUUCUUCCAGGCCAUUCGUCAACAUGAGUCUGGACUGACUCAUUUCACGUGCAUUG